AUGUUCUUGUGGCACAGCGCUGCCUUGGCUUUGCAGCUGGGAUCCACACCCUGGUUUGCAGGCGAGGUUGGUGUCAUCAGAUGUCCCAUAUGCCGCCAAGAAUGCAGACAGAUAGAUCUAGUGGAUAACUACUUUGUAAAAGACACCUCAGAAACACCAAGCAGCUCCGAUGAGAAGUCAGAACAGGUGUGUACAAGCUGUGAAGAUAACGCUAGUGCUGUUGGAUUUUGCGUAGAGUGUGGGGAAUGGUUGUGCAAGACUUGCAUAGAAGCUCAUCAGCGAGUAAAAUUUACUAAAGAUCAUAUGAUCAGAAAAAAAGAAGAUGUAUCUUCAGAGGCCGUGGGAGCAUCUGGUCAACGUCCUGUUUUCUGUCCUGUCCACAAACAAGAGCAGUUAAAACUUUUCUGUGAAACAUGUGACAGGCUGACAUGCAGAGACUGUCAGUUACUGGAACACAAAGAACACAGGUAUCAGUUUCUGGAAGAAGCUUUUCAGAACCAGAAGGGAGCCAUUGAGAACCUAUUGGCCAAACUUCUUGAGAAAAAGAAUUACGUCAAUUUUGCAGCCGCCCAAGUUCAGAAUAGGAUAAAAGAAGUAAAUGAAACUAACAAGCGAGUAGAGCAGGAGAUCAAAGUGGCUAUAUUCACCCUCAUCAAUGAAAUCAAUAAAAAGGGAAAAUCUCUCCUACAGCACCUUGAGAAUGUAACAAAGGAGAGACAGAUGAAGUUAAUACAGCAACAAAAUGACAUCACUGGUCUGUCACGGCAAGUGAAACAUGUGAUGAACUUUACUAAUUGGGCUAUUGCCAGUGGCAGCAGUACUGCUUUGCUGUACAGUAAACGGCUGAUAACAUUCCAGUUACGUCAUAUCUUAAAGGCACGUUGUGAUCCUGUCCCAGCUGCCAAUGGAGCAAUACGCUUCCAUUGUGACCCUACCUUCUGGGCAAAGAAUGUCGUCAAUUUAGGUAACCUUGUCAUUGAAAACAAACCGACUCCUAGUUACACUCCUAAUGUAGUGGUUGGACAAACUCCUCCAGGAACAAACCACAUCAGCAAAGCUCCAGGACAAAUCAAUUUAGCGCAGCUUCGACUUCAGCAUAUGCAGCAGCAAGUGUACGCACAAAAGCAUCAGCAGCUGCAGCAGAUGAGGAUGGGGCAGCCAGCUGGGUCGGUUCCCAGGCAGACGAGUCCGCAAAUCUUACAGCAGCAGCCUCCCAGGUUGAUCAGCAUGCAGACCAUGCAGAGGGGUAACAUGAACUGUGGGGCUUUCCAAGCACAUCAGAUGAGAAUGGCUCAGAAUGCUGCUCGUAUACCAGGAGUACCACGCCACAAUGGACCACAAUACUCCAUGAUGCAACCUCACCUUCAAAGACAACAUUCUAACCCUGGCCAUGCGGGGCCUUUUCCAGUUGUUUCUGUGCACAACACCACUAUUAAUCCAACUAGUCCUACUACAGCAACAAUGGCAAGUGCAAACCGUGGUCCAACAAGUCCGUCCGUUACAGCGAUCGAACUCAUUCCCUCUGUAACAAACCCAGAGAAUUUACCUUCCCUGCCGGAUAUCCCACCCAUCCAGCUUGAAGAUGCUGGUUCAAGUAGCUUAGAUAACCUUCUAAGUAGAUACAUAACAGGCAGCCACCUACCCCCACAACCUACAAGUACCAUGAAUCCCUCCCCAGGACCUUCAGCUCUGUCUCCGGGGUCAUCAGGUUUAUCCAACUCCCACACUCCUGUGAGGCCACCUAGUACCUCCAGCACAGGGAGCAGAGGAAGCUGUGGCUCCUCGGGCAGAACUGCUGAGAAAACUAGCGUUAACUUCAAAUCUGACCAAGUGAAAGUCAAGCAAGAGCCAGGGACGGAGGAAGAGAUAUGCAGUUUCUCAGGAACAGUAAAACAGGAGAAAACAGAGGAUGGCAGGAGGAGUGCUUGCAUGCUUAGCAGUCCUGAGAGCAGCUUGACACCACCACUGUCCACUAACUUGCAUCUGGAAAGUGAAUUAGAAGCGUUAGGAAGUCUUGAAAAUCAUGUGAAGGCUGAACCAGCAGAUUUAAGUGAAAGCUGCAAACAGUCUGGACAUGGCCUUGUAAACGGAAAAUCCCCAGUGCGGAGUCUGAUGCACCGGUCGGCCAGGAUUGGAGGAGAAGGCAAUAACAAGGAUGACGAUCCAAAUGAAGACUGGUGUGCUGUAUGCCAAAACGGAGGGGAUCUCUUAUGUUGUGAAAAGUGCCCAAAGGUGUUUCACCUGACCUGUCACGUACCGACACUCCUCAGCUUUCCAAGUGGAGAGUGGAUAUGUACAUUCUGCAGAGAUCUGAGCAAACCAGAAGUAGAAUAUGAUUGUGACAAUUCACAACACAGCAAGAAAGGGAAAACUGCACAAGGCCUGAGUCCUGUGGACCAGAGGAAAUGUGAACGUCUCCUGCUUUACCUGUAUUGCCAUGAGCUGAGCAUUGAAUUUCAAGAGCCAGUGCCAGCCUCGAUACCAAACUACUAUAAAAUUAUAAAGAAACCAAUGGAUUUAUCUACAGUGAAAAAGAAACUGCAAAAGAAGCAUUCCCAACACUACCAGACUCCUGAGGAUUUUGUGGCAGAUGUCCGGUUAAUCUUCAAGAACUGUGAAAGGUUUAAUGAAAUGAUGAGAGUUGUUCAAGUUUAUGCAGAAACACAAGAGAUUAAUUUGAAGGCUGAUUCAGAAGUAGCGCAGGCAGGGAAGGCAGUUGCAUUAUACUUUGAAGAUAAACUCACAGAGAUCUACCCAGACAGGACCUUCCAGCCUUUGCCUGAAUUUGAGCAGGAGGAGGAUGAUGGUGAAAUAACUGAGGACUCCGAUGAGGAUUUUAUACAACCACGUAGAAAACGCCUAAAAUCAGAUGAGAGACCAGUGCAUAUAAAGUAAUCUAAUGAUAUGGACCUAAAUUUUAUUGUAAAAACUGUUAUUUAAGUGUUCCUGGAAUAUUAUCAUGCCUACAGUGGCCAUCUUGAAGAAGCUGAUAGCUUUUUACACAGUGUUAGAUUACAAAAACCCACUUGUACAGAAAAGCAUUCUCAAGAGGGGAAAAAAAUGUAUUUUAAAUUUUUGGUUGUGUUUUUUUUUUCUUUUUUGCCCUUGAUUACUUGCUGUAUUGUUUCUUUCUGAUGGAGGGGACACACUCAUCCUGAUCUCACAGACAGAGGUGGAUGAAUGUUGAAGAGAAGCAGCUCUGAUAAGAGUUGUUCCGUGUACAGAUAAGACUGCUUAGUGAAAUGUUCUGCAGGACUGGACUAGUGCAGUUGCUGUAUCUUGUGUUCAUGCAGUGUAAACUGUAAGCAGCGUUCCUGAAAUCAACCCCCUCUUUGUGUGAACUUAAGUGCGUGUUGGUCGUUGCCUUUAUCAUCUCAUUUAAGUGGUAUUGUGAAUAACUGAUCUUCUGUGUUGAUCCAGUUAUCUAAAUUUUACUUUCUUUUAUACAUUUUAUGUAUA